CCCCGCUGUUCGCAGCUGGCGCCAUUGGUUUGCCAUGCGUUGUUUGCGAAAGCAGCGCCUGCCGAAAACCACGUGUUUGUCUCUGUGACAGGUGUGAGAUGCAAGCAAUACAAGGACCUGGUAGUAAUCGUGUAUAUAUGUCGCAGGUUACAAUCGCUGACCGGGGGCAUGAAACGGAGGUGCCGGAGUUCCUUGCGUCCCUCAAAGAGGUGAAAGACAAGGCGUCUUGUGUUUCUGCGGCAGUGGGAAGUCUUCUGUCUCGUGUCAAGAACAAAAAGCAGUUGAAUACUGCUGCGGGCCUGAGCUUCCUUGAGAUGAAGAACCAUGUCAUGCUCAGCUACCUGCUUGACCUGACACACAUUAUUUGGUGCAAGGUUUCUGGCAAAAGCAUUGAUGGUGACCCUUCAAUCCGUCGGCUCGUGCAAGCUCGAACUGUCCUCGAGAGAAUUCGUCCCAUUGACCAGAAACUAAAAUAUCAAGUCGACAAAGUUGUCAGAACAGCGACUCUCGGAACUCUUAAUGCUGAUGACCCUUUGAGGUUUAGAGCAAAUCCUGCAGCCCUUGAAGCUGAA